AUGAAAGGAGGAGCAGCUGUUUAAUCAAUUGUUGUGAUUGAUAAGAUAUAAAUAUUAUUGAAUAAGAUUUUUGCAUAUAGCAAUUUAGCAGAGAGUAAGGGAUAAGGGAUUUGUCCUAAUAUUUUUAUAAGGUAAAUAUUUUAUAUAGUAUAUUAGGUAGUAAGAUAUAAUUGAGAAUUUAGUUAUUCUGUAAAGAAUGGGGGUGAAUGAUGAGAUAUUUGUAAUGGGAUUGUUUUUGGUUGAUCGUCUAACAGCAAAGAAUAAGUUUUAUCUUAACCGAAGAAAUAUUUACAAGUACCUAGUAACAUUUAUGUUUGGAAAGCCUUCUAAUGACAGCCAUAAUUCUGAGUCUCAAGAUGUACGAUGAUAACCAAAUAGUUUAAAAUAUCUAUCCAAUCAUAUUUGAAACCAAUAGAGAGGUUCUUAACAAAAUGGAAAAAAAAUUCUUGAAGUUGAUACAAUAUUAACUCUAUGUUAAAACAGAGGACUUUUUCAAUUACAGAGCACGGUUACUAAAAUUAAAAGAAUGAU